AUGCUGCCGCUCUUCGAAAAGUCGGUGGCCAUUCAACCGCUCUACUUAGCGCAUGGUCAACCUCACCAUGGCGGAUUUGUUGCAGAUGAACAAGCAAGCGAUCUCGAAGAGUACCGUCGUUUCCAGCGAGAAGAAAACCCGGACUUGCCCUACGACGAGCUCGAGGCAUUCGCUCCAUCAACUUCGUCGACGCAAAAGUGCCCUCAACUUGCCCAACACACGGGCCGAUGA